AUGCCGAUGCACCCAGUCACCUCCACGUUGAUGUACCGGGGGAUCUGCACCAUCCCUGACAUCCUCUCCUACAGCGCCCCGGUGAACCUCCCCGAAGACGAAGUUGAAGAAGUAGCAGAAGCCAAAACUCUACUUGACAUGGAUGGGAAUGGAAGCAAUGGGCGCCUGGGGCUGGCCAUGGGCUCCAUGGGGAGGAGGAGGAGUAUUACUUUGUUGCCGGUUUUACUGCCUGCUACACAACAACAACUGUUCCUCUCUUCCACAGGCGAUGGCCAGGUGGACUUUGAGGAGUUUGUCACUCUUCUGGGCCCAAAGCUGACGGCAGCUGGGUUGCCAGAUAAGUUCAACGGCACCGAUUUUGACUCCGUUUUUUGGAAGUGUGACAUGCAGAAGUUGACGGUGGAAGAGCUGAAGAGACUUCUGUACGACACAUUCUGUGAUCACCUUUCCAUGAAAGACAUCGAGAACAUCAUUAUGACAGAGGAGAACCACAUAGAGAACCCUGAGGACUGCCAGGUGGAUAUAGACAGUUCCAGCCCGACGCAGCAAGUCAAGCAAACUUGUGUGCGCAAGAGCCUGAUAUGCGCCUUCGCCAUCGCUUUCAUCAUCAGUGUCAUGCUCAUUGCAGCCAAUCAGGUGUUGCGGAGCGGCAUGAAAUAG